GUGCACUGGUCCACCACGAAUGACGUUGUCGAGCAAGCAUGCCCGUUUCUGAAGGAUGUUGAGGCUCCUCAGAAGAGUCUUCUCAUCUGUUCAAACAAGAGACAACACGAACGUCUCCGCUGUGCUCCGAAAUCGGAGCUCUGCAACCUUCCCCUGUGCUAACUUUCCCCUGAAACUACUAAUGGAUGCCAAACUAUACCACGCGCCGCCGCAAGUACGCGGUAUGACUUCUCUUGACAAAGAAGCUUUCACACAGACAAUCACUGUACCAGCUCUACGGGUGCCCACGCGGUUUAUUAACAAAGUGAUGAAGAGCCUGAAAAAGUCCACCAUCCAACGCCCGGGGGUUCCCAGAGUGGUGCAGGACAAAGAGGAGAGUCCUGACUUCAGACUUGUGCUAUUGGACCCUCACAGAGUAUCCUCGUCAGGCUCCUUUAGUGAUUCUGAAGCGGAAGCGCUGAGGUCAUUUGACGUCUCUCAGGAGCUGCAGCACUAUGAGCUGAGAUUGGCCUAUGACAACCUGAAGAGUGAAGAGGUGCUAGAGGCCGUGCUACCUCUGGGGCAGGACGUGACGUCGGCGUUCAGCAGAGUUGGACACAUUGCACACAUGAACCUCAGGGACCACCAGCUUCCAUAUAGGAACCUCAUUGGUACAGUGAUCAUGGACAAGAACCCCGGUGUCACGUGUGUGGUCAAUAAGACAAAUAUCAUCGACUCAACAUAUCGCAACUUCAAGAUGGAGAUGCUGGCUGGAGAAGAGAACAUGGUCGCCAAAGUGAAAGAAAACAGGGUGACAUACGAGUUUGACUUCUCUCGUGUGUACUGGAACUCGAGGCUGAGCACGGAACACCAGCGCGUGGUGGAGCUGAUCAAACGCGGUGAGACCGUGUUUGAUGUAUUCGCUGGCGUGGGACCCUUUGCUAUUCCAGCGGCCCGCUCGGGCGCCACAGUUUUCGCAAACGACCUCAACCCGGAGUCAUACAAGUGGCUCCAGCACAACUGCAAAGUCAACAAGGUGGAAGGCAAAGUAAAAAGCUUCAACCUGGACGGCCGAGCGUUCGUCCAAGGGCCGCUCAAGCGAGAGCUUCCUGCGCUGUUAAAGGGAAAAGGCGGUGUGCACGUAGUAAUGAACCUGCCUGCUUUGGCUCUGGAGUUCUUGGAUGCCUUCAGAGGCCUCCUGCAUCAGGAGGCUCCCUGCGACCACAACCUCCCGACAGUGCACUGCUACGGCUUUUCUAAAGACGACAACCCAGAGAGAGACAUGAUAGAGAGGGCAUCUCUCGCCCUGGGCUUCCCUAUGGAGGACCGCUGCUCUGUGCAUUUUGUCCGCAACGUGGCACCCAACAAAGAUAUGAUGUGUGUCAGCUUUACUCUUCCUAAAGAAGUCCUCUUCUGCCAGCAUGAAAAACAGACAGAAUCUUCAGAGGAACCAGACCCCAAGCGGCAAAAGUGUGAGACCACAGAUUCAUCUUGAAAGUGAAUUAAAUCCCAACUUGUCACUGUUGAAGUUGACUGAAGGAAAUGUUUGAGUUCAUCCCCUCAUUAGACACUUUGUGAGAUAUAAUAGGAAACUGAGCAUUAUGUUUUAGAAUUUUGUAUACAGCUGGACCUCAUUUGUUUAUCGGGUACCUAAUGUUGCUUAGUCCCUGUUGCUUAAGACAAGCUUUAAGUUGUUAGCAUCCAGCCAGUGCUUCCUUGAACAUUUUUCCUUUUUAAAUAAAUUGCUUUAAUGAAAGAAA